AAACUAAACUGCAUAUGUUUUGCAAAUCCCGCAAACUGUGAGCGAAAAAAGUCUUCCACCUUUGAUUCAAAAUGAACCAACGUCCUACCAGACGAAUCCAAGGGAAUUGAACCACCAAGAGUGUUAGGGGUCAUUGUGCAGCAAGUUUACCGUCCACCCCCACUGAGAUGGGUGGGACAUGCAGCCCAGCAUUUAGCUGCGUACCUGAGCGGCCACACACCUGCGGAGAUGGCACAGGUGAAGGCGGCGGGGGAUGCUGCGACAAAUCUGCAGGACUACACAGAAGUUUACGCAGACAUGGCAACCGUCAGCUCCAGUGCAGAUGUUAGAGAGUCGGCACGGAAAGGGGCUAUGGGAGAGACCUCCAUGGCGGCGGGAAUGACCAGGCGACAGAGGACCUACCCCUCCCCGGCCAGACGGCGCCACCGCACCACCUUCAGCCACAAGCAGCUGGAGCAGCUGGAACGGGCCUUCGGGCAGAACCAGUACCCUGACAUCUACUGCAGAGAGGAGCUGGCUCGCAUCACCAAACUCAACGAGGCACGCAUACAGGUUUGGUUUCAGAACAGAAGAGCCAAACAGCGCAAGCAGGAACGGGCUUCCAGAAAGGUGCUUCGCGGGGGGGUCGUGUCGGGCCCCAGGGGCCUGCUGGGCGGCAUGCACAUCCAGCCGUCCGGCAUGUCUCGACAGUACUACUCACAGCCACUUCCUCACAUUCCCCAUCUGUCCCCGAUGCUACCCACUGGGGCUUACUCUCGCCACCCGGGCCCGGUCAGCCGGUGCCCAUGCCCCAGUGUCCCCCCACCGGCGGCGGCCCAGCAUGAUGACUGGUACGGUCCGCUGAGGGGCAACCUCCCUUCACCCAUGUUCUCACUGGCCCCCAUGCAGCCGCUGGAGCCGGCCUCCCACUGGAACUGAGCAGCAACCAAAGAAGGCAUUCAAAUAAAAAGUGUAAAAAAGAAAAUCUGUGUGCUUAUUCACAGCAUAAAGCCUUUCUCUGCCAUAUUACAACUGAGGAAUGCAGUGAAAAAAAGUCUAAAAACAUCCAGUUCCUGUUGACUUGUCGUCGUCAAAUGUUCCAACUUC